UGUCGACCAAGAUGCUCUCGCCGCCUCCCUCCUUGUCAGGGCCAACCGCCGCUCCGAGCUCCGGCCACCGACUCGCACCGAAGCAGCUGCCGCCGUCCUGUAAUUCUAGGCUCCGCUUGACGCCGCGCCGCCUCCUCGCCACCAGCUCCUCCCUUGCCGGCGCCGGAGACGAAGCAUCCACCUCCACGGCCCCAGGGCGCGACGAUGGAAUUCCGUUUGCUCAGCUUUCCUCGGGUAUAAUCCUCCGGACUGAGGAGCAGAGCUUGCUCGGAGACGACGCGCCGGCGUCGGCCUCCGCGUUCGCUCUCUCUCCCAAAUUGCCGGAUCAGCUCAAGGAUGAUCACCUGGCGGAAGCUCCUGCUUAUCCAGCCGCCAUGAACGCGUUGUACGCGGCGUGCCUCGCCGGCAACGCGACGGAGCAGCUCUGGAACUUUACCUGGCCGGCCGCCGUCGCCAUGCUCCACCCGGCGAGCAUCCUCCCCGUCGCCGUACUCGGCUUCUUCACGAAGCUCGUCGUGUUCGCCGCCGGCCCGUUGGUCGGCGAGGUCAUCAGCUUGCUCCCCCGGAUCCCGGCGUACCGAUCUCUCGCCGCGAUUCAGAGCGCGGCGCAUUUGGUGUCGGCGGCGACGAUCACGUACGCGUUCGCCGUACACAGAGCGGCGGCGGCGGCGCAACCGCUUCUGCUCCUGCGGCCGUGGUUCGCCGUGCUGGUGGCGUCCACCGCCGUCGACAGGCUGUCCUGUGUCGCGUUCGGCAUCAUCGCGGAGCGCGACUUCGUCGUGCAGCUAGCAGGUGCAGACAGGCCGGUGGCGCUCGCCAAGGCGAACGCGACGCUCAGCAGAGUCGAUCUUCUCUGCGAGACGGCAGGAGCGUCCGCCUUCGCGCUGCUGCUCGCCAAGAACGACCCGCUCACCUGCAUCAAGCUGUCCUGCGUCAUCUCGCUCUGUGCACUGCCUCUGCUGGUACACAAGCUUAGCAACAAAUUUAUGAAAUUGUUGUGCAGGUUCAAAAAACAUUCGAUCGUGCUGGUUCCAAUUUGGCAGAUUUUCAUGGGAGGCGAGAUGAACCGGCUCGCCGACGGCAUCUUCGAUCACUCUGAAAACACAGCCUCACGCAAUGCUGCUCCUACUUUCAGCGUUGAGAAAACUGUGGAGACCGUGAGGCAGGGGUGGAGCGAGUACGUGCGGCAGCCCGUGCUCCCGGCGAGCCUCGCCUACGUGCUCGUCUGCUUCAACGUCGCCCUCGCUCCCGGCGCUCUCAUGACCACCUUCCUCAUCCACCAGGGCGUCAGCCCGUCGGUGAUCGGCGCUUUCGGCGGCGCGUCGGCGGUGGUGGGGAUCGUCGCGACGUUCUUGACGGCGAGGCUCGUCAGGGAGCUCGGGAUUCUCAAGGCCGGAGCUGCCGGACUGGUGGCCCAGAGCGUGCCCCUCGGCGCGGCGGUCGUCGUCUACCUCACCGGCACCGUCACACGGCGGGGCGCGCUGUUCGUCUUCCUCGGAUUAAUCGUGGCGUCGAGGGCGGGGCACAUGGCGUACAGCGCCGUCGGGCUGCAGGUGGUGCAGACCGGGAACCCGGCGAGCAAGGCGAAGCUGAUCGGCGCCACGGAGAUCGCCGUCGCCAGCCUCGCCGAGCUCGCCAUGAUGGCCGUCGCGGUGGUCGCCAGGGACGCCUCGCACUUCGGCGCACUGGCCGCGCUCUCGGCGGCCGCCGUCGCCGGCGCCGCCGGAAUGUACUGCCGCUGGCUGGCGAAUCCAACGGACGAGCUGAGACGGCUCUUCCCCUCCCGACGGCACGGAUCAAAAGUGCAGAGUUAAUUUUGUACAAGUAAAAAAAAGUUCUCUAUUUUUGUAUUCUGGAUUACAUUGUUAGAUGAACUUGGAAAGAAGUCAAAGAACUAUGUAAAUA